GAAGGCCCCGAGGGAGCAGGCGGGCGAUUGGAAGCUGCGCAGGGGCCGAGACGAGCAGGCAGAGGGGGCCUGGGGCUGGGCGAGGGACCCUCCCCCCUUGUCUGAGGCGCCCUCUGUGCACGGGAGAGGCUGCAGCCGGAGAAGGGCGGCGGCGGCUGCAGCAUUGAUACGGGGGCUGGGUGGGGGGACGCUCCCUCCCCAGGCCGGGUCUUCAAGCAGGGGCGGAGUAUGCGGGGAAGAGGGCUGGUGAGGAGGCGAGAAGACUGGUUGGCGCGUGCGCCUGUGCAGCGCUGCCUUGCUCCGCUCGCUCGCUGCUGCUGCUGCUGCUGCUGCUGCUGCUGCUGCUGCUGCGGAGAGCCUGUGGGUGGAGGCGUCUGUUUCAAGCUGCUCUAGGCUGUUGCUGCUGCUGCUGCUGACAGGAGGGUAGGGGUUGGGCCUCAGAGGCCAUAAGGCAGAAGGAAGAGCAGCAGCAAAAGAGGAGAAGGGAGCCAGCAGAAGCAGGAAGCCGCAAACGCAAUAAAGCAGCGACGCCCUUUGCUAGCAGGAGUGAUAGAGGGAAGAGCCUCAUGCUCCACUUGUCAGAGUUACAGUGAACUGAAUGGAUGUCCGUUUGUCUUGUCUCAAGGCAAGUCUUAUUCAUCCCAACUGAACAGAGCUCUAAUGAAGACCUGGUAAUUAUCUAAGUUCAGCAGUUGGAUCUCCUGAUACAAAAACUGGGACAGAGUGCCUCUGGAACCAACAUGUAGCAGAUGGCUACUGCGCCACCAAACUUGCUGCUUCAAGCCAAUGCUUUUGUCUGUUAAAAUUCCAUGUAUGAUUGCCAGUGAAUGUAUCAUUUGAGGGAUCCUUGUUUCUUGGAUGCUGUUUGAGCUUUGUUAACUAAGAUUUAAAUUGGAUUUCACGUGGUGUUGGUUAAACUGAGAAACCAUGAGUAGUAAUCUUGGAAAAGAAAAAGAUUGUAAGGAGAAAGACCCUAAAGUGUCUUUGGCAAAGGAGAGAGAGAAAGAAUCCAAGGCCACUGGUGGGUUUGGGAAAGAAAGCAAAGAGAGGGAGCCUAAAACCAAAGGGAAAGAAGCCAAAGAUGGGAAGAAGGACUCCAGCAGCGUGCAGCCAGGUGUGGCUUUUUCAGUGGACAAUACAAUAAAACGACCUAAUCCAGCACCAGGUGCUCGCAAAAAAUCAAGCAAUGCUGAGGUGAUUAAAGAGCUAAACAAAUGCCGAGAAGAAAAUUCAGUGCGUCUGGACUUGGCUAAGCGGUCUAUACAUCUUCUCCCAUCAUCUGUCAAAGAGUUAACACAGUUAACAGAACUUUAUUUAUAUGGUAACAAAUUGCAGUCUUUACCAGCUGAGGUGGGCUGUCUUGUGAAUCUGGUGACACUGGCUCUGAGUGAAAACUCUCUUACCAGCCUGCCUGACUCUCUUGAUAACUUGAAGCAACUCCGUAUGCUUGAUCUGCGGCAUAACAAACUUAGAGAAAUUCCUCCUGUGGUGUACAGGCUAACUUCCCUCACCACACUUUAUCUACGCUUUAAUCGUAUCACAGCUGUGGAAAAGGAUAUCAAGAACUUGUCAAUACUCACCAUGCUCAGUAUACGGGAGAAUAAAAUCAAGCACCUACCUGCAGAAGUUGGUGAGUUGUGUAACCUCAUAACGCUGGAUGUAGCACACAAUCAGCUUGAACAUCUUCCAAAGGAGAUUGGAAAUUGCACACAGAUCACCAAACUUGACCUACAGCACAAUGAACUUUUGGACCUUCCAGACAGUCUAGGAAAUCUGUCCAGCCUGAAAAGUCUUGGUCUGAGGUAUAACCGGCUUUCAGCAAUACCCAGGUCUCUAUCACAAUGUACCAAACUUGAUGAGUUGAAUUUGGAGAACAACAAUAUUUCUACUUUACCAGAGGGUCUCUUAUCCAGUCUUGUCAAUCUGACUAGUCUAACUCUGGCACGAAACUGUUUCCAGUCAUACCCAGUUGGUGGUCCCUUACAGUUUUCUACCAUCUAUGCUCUGAACAUGGAGCAUAACCGCAUCAGUAAAAUCCCAUUUGGAAUUUUCUCUAGAGCAAAAGUGUUAAGUAAGCUGAACAUGAAGGACAAUCAGUUGACUUCUCUUCCCCUGGACUUUGGGACAUGGACCAGCAUGGUAGAACUCAACUUAGCUACAAAUCAACUCAACAAGAUUCCUGAGGAUGUGUCUGGACUGGUUUCUUUAGAGGUUCUUAUUUUAUCAAACAAUCUUUUAAGGAAUCUUCCCCAUGGCAUUGGAAACCUGAGGAAACUCAGAGAAUUGGAUCUGGAGGAAAACAAGUUGGAAUCUUUGCCAAAUGAAAUAGCGUACCUUAGGGAUCUACAGAGACUGAUCCUAACAAAUAACCAGUUGAGCACCCUUCCUAGAGGAAUCGGACACCUCAUCAACCUGACACAUCUUGGAUUGGGGGAGAAUUUUCUUACACAACUUCCUGAGGAAAUUGGUACACUGGAGAAUCUGGAAGAACUGUAUCUGAAUGACAACCCUCACCUGAACAGCCUUCCUUUUGAACUGGCCCUCUGCAGUAAACUGUCGAUAAUGAGCAUUGAGAACUGUCCACUCAAUACCCUUCCAGCUCAAAUUGUUGCAGGGGGACCUUCCUUUAUCAUCCAGUUCCUGAAAAUGCAGGGACCUUACCGUGCCAUGGUCUGAUGGAUAGCUGUCCUAAAGGUGUACAAAAUAUAAAUGCUAUUGAGGGUGUCAUUAUGUAUAUAUUAUUAUUAUUAUUAUUAUUAUUAUUUAGGCCACUCAGUGCCAGGAUUGGAAAAGAAUUGGGUUGUCCCAUACACUGUACAAAAUGCAAAGAGCAUUAUUGGUAUUGUGUAUGUGUGUAUAUAUAAUAUAAUAUAUAUUGUAUAUUAUAUUAUAUAUAAAACAUAAAUAAUAUAAAACAGGCAAAUUUAAGACCAUUUAUGUGUUUCUGCUAAUAGAGGAAGCAUAGCCAUUUAGAUUUUUUUUCUUUGUAAAAUGCUUGUCUAAGUUUUCUUUGCUGAAUUUGAUGGAUUUCUAGAUAAUCUGGAGAUGCCAGUUCACUGGAAAUGAUUGCCAACCUUGCUGAUAAAUUUAAGGGAUAAAAUGUUUUUAGAUGGAUCCCUCAUUUCAUGGGGAAAAACAUGCAACUCGGUAAUAUGAACUUUCUUCUAUCAUUCCCCUCUGCACACCAAAUUGUGACAAAAACCUUUUGGAGUAAUUUGUCUUCUAGUUGGGGAGAUCCUUUAACUUAUUCUGAGAUUUGAAACAAAUGGUGUUGUAUGUUGUUUACAGUCAGAGUAAAUCAAUGGAUUUUUUUUUGGUUUGCUCUGUUUUAAUCAUAUCUAGAAUGUAUAUGCUUCUGCUGGGGACUUUUUAUUGACUGAUUUAUAGUAAAACAAAAAUAAACAAGCUGGUAAGUAGGAAAAGAUACUGUCCAAUGAAAGCUUGAAUGAAUUUUAAAUCUUGGUUCCUUGGGCUAUUGGUUGUAGGCAUAUCAUAUUUAAACCAAUUCUUUUAUGGUUGAUCUGUGACAAGCAAUGUUUCCUGAUUAGAAAUGGAUUGAUUUGUUGAAGAGCUACACAUUCUUUUAAGGUCUAAAAGUACAUUGAAAAGAAAACGAUAGAUAUGUAUUUCAUGACAACAGGCAGUUGGGUUUCUCUUAGUCCCUGUACAAUUAAUGAAUGUGUCUGUUUGAAACACUGCAGUAUAUAUUAAGAUUUAUGGCUGGUUACCAUUGUUACUCUGGUUUUAUAUCUUGCCUUGCCUCGUACGUCCCUUUAUUAUGGAGCAUCUGCAUCCAAGCACAAUAUCUUCAUGCUGUGCUGUUUUGCUGCUGAACUAAAUGCACUUUUCCCUACAGUGGGGACACUUGCUUCAAUUUAAUCAGUUCAGUAUCAUGAUUUAUUCUCUUUCAACCUCAUCCUAUCAAUCUCAGUAUUAAAGAAUGAUCUGUUUAAAAAAAGGAUACUUUUUCAUUUGUACGUAGAAUUUGAUUGCUCUGUAGAAAAUGGUAAUGUGGUUCAUUUCCAUGCUAUCUUUAUUGUCAUUUCAUGGCUGUACAAAGGGCUAAAUGAUGCUGCGGUGGAAUAGACACUUAAAUCGUACCUUGUGGUGUCAUUUUGAUUUUGGAAGCUCAUAUAGUGGUUACAUUCCAGAUAUUUUUUUCUUUUUCAUAACAACUUACUUCACUUUAGUUUUCCUUCUGGAAUAUUGGAGCUUUAGAGCGCUAUAACUUUUGAACAAAUCAUACAUACCAAGAAAAAUAUUUUCCCCUCUUGAAAGGGUUUUUUUUUUGCAGUUUUUAUUUCUAACAGUAAAGUUUAUUUAAAGGGCACACUCCUCAGAUAGCUAAGCAUGCUUGUCUUUUUAAAAUCGUUAAGAUUGCAUGCUUAAAGAUGCAGUGCUAAAUAGACUUGCUGCUGGUUAAGCUUAAAUAUAUGCUGUAACUACUGUUGAUUUCAGUGGGACUUGGAGCGUGCCUGAGUUUCUUUGGAUUUUGCCAAGCAUAUCUUGCUACUUUGGUAUGCUUUCUCGGAGAAGAAUACAAAUUUGCAUUCUGGCUGAUUUUUUUUUUCUUUUUAGCAAAAAAGAUUUUCUAACAAAGGGCAGUUGGAGAUAUAAAACUCUUAAAGGGCUUAUGCUGGUAGUUUAAACUACUCUAUAUGUCACUGGAUUUUAUAAAAGGAAUAUUAGUUUCUGCCACCUUUUCCUUAAAACAAAUCUAGUAAUAGCUAUUGCAUUUUAGAUUUUGUUUAUACUAUUGUACAGUUUCAGCUUUGCACAACCAAUCUAUUUGAGCAUUAAGAUGUAAAAAUGUGAAGAUGCCUAUCAUGGUGGUGGUAGUGGUGUUGGUUAGAACAUAAAAGUUCACUUUUAUGCUGAAGCUGUAAAUUUGUUCCACUGGUUCUGGAUGGGAUGCCCAUCUUUUUAUUCAUAAUGCUUCUUCAAGUGAGAGAUGUGUGUCUGAGCUGCCCAGUUGCACUUUUAUUUUGGAGUAGGGAUACUGUAUUGCAAGUCAAUUGUCUAUAUAUAGCUUUAAAGCCAGAGUUUAGCCAUGUGUUGAAAAUGGCUGGAUAGUUUGAGGAACAUUUUUUGAAUAUUUCAUAAAAUUGGAGCAGGGAUAGUAUAUUUCCAGUAGGCUGGUUUCUUGUUCCACUCCAUGGAGUUGUGGGUUAGAUUAAGUUGGGCUGCAUUUAUGCAACUCAUCUUUAUAUCUGUAAAUAUAUUAAAAAGAUUGUUCAUUUUGCCAAGGAUUAUAUGACUGACACUUUCCUUCUCCAGAAAAUCAUCUGAACAUUGGAAAUGGGUUUUAUUUAUACAUUUUUAAAUAAAAUAAACCAUACAUAACUGGAUUUUUUAAAACCAGUAAAAGGAUCCUACUUCAGCACUGUAUGUAAACAGGGGUCAAAAACAUAUUCUUGAGUUGAGCACUGAAUUCAUAAUGAAAAAAUACUCCAAAAUCCCACUGGGAUGAAUUUUUUGUUUCAUAAUCAAUAGAGAAUGCAAGGGGGCAUAGGGAGAAGAAAAGCAUAUAAAGAGAUGAUGAUACACCCUUAAAAAAAAAACCUCAAAAAUAUUUUCACAAAAUGUAGUAGUCAUUUAGAUUUUUGAUGUUUCAAAAUUAUUCUGUAUCCAGAAAUGUUUAUUACUUUGUGGGAAACUAUUAAUUUUAACCAGUUAGAUUUAGUCCAUCUAAAUCAGGCAGGGAUGUAUUAAUUGGAGGCUUAAGAAUUGAAUCUGUGUCAAUUAUAAACUGGGAAAAAUUUCUCAGACUUGCUGCAUGGUGAGACACUAUCAGAGUAGAAGAGCAUAUAUUUAGAUAUGUUGGGGGGAGGCAAUAUCUUUUUAAAGAUCCAUCAUCUCCCUUGCUCUGUGUACUGUACAGUACUAGCUUUACUAAUUCAGUUCUACCUUUUAUGUUAGUGAAUUUAUGACAAUCCAAGUCUUUCUCAAGAGUCUUGGCAGAAGACCAUGCAUGCUCAGUGUUCAUCAUGAACCUGCUCCGAUCUAACAGGACUAUGGCCUGUAGUGACUUGAAAGUACUCCAUGCGAUAAUAUAAACAACUCUAUGCUUUGUGGGAGAACUCCUCUACUUCUGGGUGUAAAACAGUUGACAGGAUCUUAAUGGCAAGUGAAGCAGAGGUUAUCCAAGUACUUCUUAAGCUGCAGUCAUACUGCAUCUCUUGCACCACUGAAGUGGCCCAUUUGUUCAGCUCCUCCAUAGUUAGGGGAAAUACAAGAAUCCAAUCUCCCUUAAGGAUUAUUUUAGAACACAGAAAUAUAAAGGAAGGCCUAAGUGAUGGAAUAACUUGGAAACAAAUUGUAUCUACUGAUAACUCCUGUGAAAUGUUAAUGGCAGUUAAAAUGCUUAAUUUUGGUGUAGAGAGUGGGGAAAGAAAAGCUGUACUAUCAGCCUUAAAAAGGAAUGUUGCACAGUUUCAUGGUGGAUGCUAUUAAAUUCAUUUUCUGCUAAAACAAGUUUACAGUGUUUGGUAUUUGAUGUUUCAGACAAUUUGUACUAUUUAUAUUUGCAAAUAUUAAAACUUGAGUGAUUCUAGCUCACUAAAAUGGUUUUGCAAAGUAUUAAAAAGGGGGGGAAAGAAAGUAGUAUUGAAAAUACAGGCAGAUUUUACAGUAGCAUCUUUGAACUUGUUUUUGAAUUAGGCAUUGGAAUGAUUUUGUGUUUUUAACAUAUCCAAGGAGAAAAUGCCUUCCUGACUAUUAAAGAACCUGAAUUUACAGCAAAGCAGUUGUAUCAUAAAUAUUGCACUUCCAUUGUAUCUUUAAUCAGCAUGUCAGAACUUGCUUAGUUCUGUUUAAUUAGUUCUUGCUUAAUUAGGUAUACACUCGGCAGUAAUUUGCACAACACACCAAUUUUAAAAGGCACAUGUAGGACAAUUACUAAUGAUGAUAUCUGCAAAAGAACAUCUGAUGUUUUUUUUAAAAAAAUCUACAAUGAUCUUACGAUUCUGUUUAUUAUUUUGAUGUUUGGGUCUUAAGCAAUGUAGGUUUCUGCCUGUUAAAUAGAAGACCACGCUAAUUUGUGAUUGAAAAUGAAAGCGUGUAAACAGUCUACAAAACAAUGUACUUUCUGGAUUAUUGUAAUGUUGAUUGUUGUGUCUAUAAAAGAUUGCCUUGCUUUUUUAUAAGUCAUUCUGUAUCAAUGUAUUCAUUAUAAAUAGUAUAUUUAUAAAUGA